UGUGACGUCACCAGAACCCGAUUGGCCGCUUGCGGGGCGUGCGUCUGUGACGUCGGCCAAGCAAGAUGGCGGCGAUCGCAAGAGGUUCUUCCGCGCUGUUCAGAAGAUUGCUGAUUCAGCAGUACCGCCGGCGAUGUCUACGUGUCCAGGAGGCGCGCGGCCUGACCUCUGGCUUACUUCCCACCCCCACGUUGGACAGGAAGUUGGAGGUGCGCAGCGGAAGCCUCCAGACGUUGGGCCGCGGUCUGCGCGCGUCUGCAGCGCAUCGCGGGGCCGUCGUCCAGUUCAAACUGUCGGACAUCGGCGAGGGAAUCAUGGAGGUGACGGUGAAGGAGUGGUACGUGAAGGAGGGGGACAAAGUCUCUCAGUUUGACAGCAUCUGCGAGGUCCAAAGCGACAAGGCGUCCGUCACCAUCACCAGCCGCUACGAUGGCGUCAUCACCAAACUUUACUAUGACGCCGACGACGUCGCCUUGGUGGGGAAACCGUUGGUGGACAUCGAGACCGAGUCCGCUUCGGACGUGAUCCAGGAAGAAGACGUGGUGGAGACGCCGGCCAUGGCCCGAGAAGAACACACCCACCAGGAAAUCAAAGGCCUCAAGACGCAGGCCACGCCCGCCGUCCGACGGCUCGCCAUGGAGAACAACAUCAAGCUGAGCGAGGUGGUGGGCUCGGGAAAAGACGGCCGCAUCCUGAAGGAAGACAUCCUCGACUUCCUGGCCAGGCAGACGGGAGCCAUCUUGCCUCCCAGUCCCUUCCAGGAGAGGCAGACUCCGCCCCCGGACCCCCCCCUCGCCGCCGCCGCAGAGUCCGUCCCCCGGCGGCCCGCCGUCAGCGCGGCCCGGCUGAGCGUCUCUUUCGCCCCAGGCUUCCACAAGGCCAUGGCGAAGAGCAUGACGGCGGCGCUCGCCAUCCCUCACUUGGGAUUGUGCGACCAAGUGGACCUCAGCCGGCUGGUGGCGCUCCGGGCCGAGCUGAAGGCCGACGCCCGGGGUCACGGGGUCAACCUCAGCUACAUGCCCUUCUUCAUUAAGGCCGCCUCCCUCUGCCUCGCCCGCUUUCCCAUCCUCAACGCCUCAUUGGACCAGUCCUGUCAGAACAUCACGUACAAGGUAUCUCACAACAUCGGCGUCGCCAUGGACACGGCCCUCGGUCUGCUGGUUCCCACCGUCAAGAACGUGCAGCUGCUCAGCAUUCUGGAAGUGGCGCGGGAACUCAACCGGCUUCAGGAGCUCGGCGCCGCCGGCCAGCUGGGAACGGCGGACCUGAGCGGAGGAACCUUCAGCUUGUCCAACAUCGGAUCGAUCGGAGGGACGUACGCCAAGCCGGUCAUCCUUCCUCCGGAGGUCGCCAUCGGGGCGCUGGGCAAAAUCCAGGUGCUGCCGCGCUUCGACGCGUCCGGUCACGUGAUCCGCGCUCACGUCAUGAACGUCAGCUGGUCGGCCGACCACCGCGUCAUCGACGGGGCCACCAUGUGUCGCUUCUCCAACAUGUGGCGAGACUUCCUGCAGAAUCCCUCCGGCAUGUUGCUGCACCUCAAGUGAAGCCCCGCCUCCCCCGACCGCCACCGUCGUCCCGACCCGGCGGAGACUCCGCCUCCCCGGCAGACGGAAACCAAGCGGCGCCUGAACGGAGAGGAUGCCCUCGACCGCUCCCGGGCGAUUGACGGCGUCCCUUUGAGAAGGCUGUCGAUCGAUGGCGUGACGUGAAUUUGUGUGGCGCGUUUGUCAUUACGCUCUGUUACUGCCUUAGCUCGUCUCGGGACAAGCUGGAGUUCUUAUGUUCAAAUAGGAACAAAUAAAUGGUUACAAAUCA